AUGACGUGGAUCAAAUUCAUUUGCAUGUGGACCUACAGCACUGUCGAGUACUCUCCUUCUCUCCCCUCCUCCUCUCCCCCUCCCCCCGCCUUCGUCUUUCUCAUCGAUCUUUCCUCCCCCGACGACCAACUGCUCUCCCUCAAGAAGGACCUCCUCCUCCUCCUCCACCACAACUUCCCCGAUCACGCCCUCGUCGCUCUCCUCACCUUCGAUUCCAUGGUCUAUCUCCACCAUCUCGCCUCUUCCCCCUGUUCCUCCCUCCACCUCUUUCACGGCAGCCGCUAUCUCUCCUCCAAUCAGAUCCGCCAGUUCCUCAACAUCGGCUGCCCCCACCCGCUGCAUCACGGACACACCCCAAAACAGGAUUUUCUGUUGCCAUUUUCCGAAUGUGAAUUCUCCAUCACUUCUGCAAUUGAAGAUGUAAACAUCCAUUCCACAUUCUACUCCACCUCCGCCACUCGCCCUCCAAGGUGCACCGGCACUGCCAUUUCCGUCGCCCUCGGACUUCUAGAGUCUUGCCUUGUCACCACAGGCUCCAGGAUCAUGCUCUUCACCUCCGGACCUGCCACUAUUGGACCUGGAAUCGUUGUUGAUUCUGAUCUCCGCCAACCCAUCAGAACCCACCAUCACAUCUUCAACAACCAAGUCAAACACCACGCCAACUCGUGCUCUUUCUAUAACCAACUCUCCAAGAGGCUAUCUGAUGCGUCUGUUAUUCUUGAUCUCUUUGCCUGUUCGCUCGACCAAGUUGGGGCCGCCGAGCUUCGACAACCUAUUGAGCAGUCUGGUGGAUUCAUGAUUCUCUUCGAAUCUUUCGAAUCCGAUCAGUUCAAGAAAUGUCUCGGGCAUAUGUUCAAGUCUCCCAUGGAAUCGAAGGUGAGGAGAGCGACGAGGACGUGA